AUGCAAGUGCCGGUUCUCGGCUGCACUUUCCUCACGCUGUCAGAUCGUGAGGAAAGUACUGCCGAGAACCGGCAGUUGUCACAGCGGGGAUCGGCACCGAUCAUCAGGGCACUGAUGAUCAGUGCCACCUACCUGUGCCCAGCAGUGCCACCCACCUGUGCCCACCCACCCGUGCCCACUAGUGCCACCCACCAGUGCCACCCACCUGUGCCCACCCACCAGUGCUGCCCACCAGUGCCACCCACCAGUGCAGCCCAGCAGUGCUGCCAGUCAGUGCCCCAGUCAGUGAGCAGUGAUGCCAGUCAG